ACAGAAGAGCCUGGAGACAGAGGAAACCCAGACUUUCUUCUUUCCCAGCUGCCCUCUACCCACUCCCACCAUGAAGAAGGAAAUACUAACCCUGGCCUUUGCUCGAGCAGUCUUCGUCGAGUUCCUCUCCACACUCAUCUUCGUCUUCAUCGGCCUCGGCUCAGCCCUCAAGUGGCCGUCAGCCCUGCCCAGCAUCCUCCAGAUCUCGCUGGCAUUCGGCCUGGCCAUCGGCACGUUGGUGCAGGCGUUUGGCCACAUCAGCGGCGCCCACAUCAACCCAGCCGUGACUAUCGCCUUCUUCGUGGGGAACCAGAUCUCCUUCCUCCGGACGCUCUUCUACGUGAUUGCCCAACUGGUCGGGGCCAUCGCCGGGGCUGGCAUCCUCUAUGGAGUGACACCGGUCAAUACGCGUGGCAAUCUGGCCAUCAACGCGCUCAACAACAACACGACCCCUGGGCAGGCCCUCGUGGUGGAGAUCAUCCUCACCUUCCAGCUGGCUGCCUGCAUCUUCGCAUCCACGGACAACCGGAGGACCGGCAACGUGGGCUCCCCAGCACUGUCCAUCGGCCUCUCGGUCGCUGUAGGCCACUUGGUGGGGAUCUACUUCACCGGCUGCUCCAUGAACCCAGCCCGGUCCUUUGGGCCUGCGGUUGUCGUGAGGAAGUUCAGCUCAGCACAUUGGGUGUUCUGGGUUGGACCCAUCCUUGGGGCUUGCUUGGCCUCUCUGCUCUACUUCUACAUCCUGGUCCCCUACUGCAUGAACAUGUCAGAUAGGGUUGCCAUUGUCAAGGGCACCUACGAGUCAGAGGAGGAGUGGGAAGAGCAGAGAGAGGAGAGGAAGAAGUCCAUGGAGUUGACCCCACCAUAGAAAGAGUUGGGAAAGAACAAGCAGAAGGAGGGGAGGAAGCUCCACACAUGGGCUCAUGUGUGCACCAAUGAACGCAUCCAGCUACAGCAGACUCUUAAGCAAAAGUCUUAUAACUCAAAGACCACCUGUGGCUAAGAAAGGAGUAUUGCAGUGUCUGUAUAUAACCCCUCUACAUGAGUGAGCACUAGAACCUCUCCUAAGCUUAACUGCAGCCGGUGAAGGCGUCUCAGCCCAGGGCAGCCUCAACUGCAGCUUCGCACCCACUGGGCUGCAUCCCUGCCCUCCUUGGUGCCAGUUCUGCACCGUUAUCAGAGGCCUGAGCCCGCAUGUGCUGGUGCACACAGGAUUUCACCCCUGCAUCCGAUGGCCCAGGGGAUGGAAACACCAUGUAGACCCCAGCAGAGAAGAACGACCGCUUUGGGCAAGGUGGGUGCAGCCCAAUCCCCCGCUUCCUCCCCGCCACAGGGCCCAUGCUACUCGUAGAUGCUCUUUGUCAUGCAUUAGCUGGUGCUGGUGAGUCCUAUUUAUUCAUGGCUGCAGAAUGAACCGUGAUUUUUGCAUUUUGUGUCGAGAUCUUUGUAAUAUAGGAUAUUAUU